AUGCUGAAGAGCCUCUGGGCGAGCGUGCUGGGUGGGCCCACGCAACGCAAGUUCACGCUUGACGAGCUACGAGACCUGUAUAGCUUGCUGAUCAGAAACCCGGUGGUGACGGAGUCCAACAAGGCGGUCGUCGUCGAGACGAUCAGGGCCAUCGCCGAGUUCAUGAUAUGGGGCGACCAGAACGAGCCCCGCAUCUUCGACUACCUGCUUGAGAAUAACAUCAUGACCUACCUGCACAAAAUCCUGCUGCAGCCGGCCAACCGCAGCGGCGACGUCGCCAAGCAGGUGCUGCAAACGCUGUCGAUCAUCAUCCAAAACGUGCGCAGCGAGACGGCCGUCUUCUUCCUGUUCUCCAACAACCACGUCAACAACAUCGUCGACCUGGACUUUGACUUUGACGACGAGGAGGUCCUGGGCUUCUAUGUGUCUUUCCUCAAGACCAUCAGCCUCAAGCUCAACCCCACGACAGUCCACUUUUUCCUAGUCGACGCCCCCAGCAGCCCCGCCGCCGCCCGGCCCGCCUUCCCACUCUACACGCGCGCCGUGCGGCUCGCGCACAACCGCGAGGGCAUGGUGCGCGCCGCCGUGCGGACGAUCACGCUCAACAUCUUCUCAGUGGACGACCCCGCAAUCCACUCGUUUGUAUCUUCGCCGCCGGCCAGCAGAUAUUUUGAGGACCUGGCCGCCUACCUGGCAGAGCAGGUCCAGCUGCUGGACCGGCGCAUGAUGGCGGCGGAGGCGGGCGGCGUGCAGGCGCUGGGGGCGCUGGACUCGCAGAUGGCCGAGGUGGAGGACAUCGUGUCUUACUGCAGCGACACCCUCAGCAUAGGUGCCCCUGGCAUUGCAGAGCAUGUGGCCCAUGGCCUCUGGUCAGCGGUGGUCAGCCCCCUGCUGCUGCGGCCGCUGCUGGCGCCCGGCGCCGCCGCAGCGGCCGCCGCGGCGCCAGCGGCGGGCGCGUCUGCGGUGCCCAUGUCUUCGCGGGUCGCGGCUGCGGCAGCCGCGGCAGGCUCCGCGCUCAGCAGCGGCCUCAUGAGCGUCGGCAGCGGCGGCGGCCUCACGGGGCGCGGGGGCUGGGGCACCGGCGGAGCCGGGCGCGGCGCGAGCGCGGAUGGCGGGGGCUUGGCGGCCGCGGCCGCAGGCAAGCUGCCGCCGCCGCCGUCGGCCCCGCGGGUGCGGCCGGUUUGCUGCCUGUUUGUUCUAGAGCGGUUGUUUGUCCUGCUAUCCUACGGCCCUCUGCUGCACCAGAUGCUGCUCGCCCUGGUCUGCGGCGGCCCCGUCAGCAGGCAGCUGACGGGCGCGCCGGCGCCGCGCGCGCGCGACGGGGGCGGCGCGUCAUGCAAGCGGACGCUGCUGGAGAUUCUCGGCGGCGCGCAGCCCUACCCAGCGAUGCUGGCGCUGCGCGUGCUGGCGGCCAUGCUCGGCAGCAGACACUUGUCAGCUGAGCUCCUGUCGGCGCUGUCGCUGCUGCCGCGGCGGCGCGCCGAGCCGGGCGGCGCCGGCGGCGGCCCGGCGGCGGGGGAGGCGCGGCUGCUGGUGCAGUCGUGCCUGGAGCAGCUGCGGUCGGCGGUGGCGGUCAACGGCGGCGGCGGGGCCACGGGGCCCGCAGAGCAGCAGCAGCAGCUCGCGCGCAGCGGCAGCGGCAGCGGAAGCGGCGGCGGCAGCGGCGGUGCAGGCGACGCGUCGGAGCUGGUGCAGCUGCUGACUGGGCAGUACCUGCCAGCAGAGCUUCAGGCCCUUUCAGUGGCGGCGGGCAGGCAGCAGCAACAGCAGCAGCUGGCGGAGGGGGUUGCGGCGGGCUUGGGGGCGCUCGGGCUGGCGGGCGAUCCGGAUGACCAGCGGCAGCAGCAGCAGCAGCAGCAGCAGCGGCGGCGGGAGUCGUUGGCGACGCCGGACGGCUGGGACGCGGCCAUGUUUUCGACGUUCUCGGACGAGCUGACCGCGGCCCUCGUGCGGCUGCUCGUGCUGCCCGGCCUGCCCACGUCGGGCCUGUGGCUG